GGACGCGCGUUCGUUUCCAUAGCAGCAGAAAAACGUAAACUCGGCAGUCUUCAUUCCUGUGGAUGGAGACAUUAUCUAUGACUAAACACGUAAAAGCUCUUAUCGGUAAUAUUCCACUUGUAUAACUUUCGACGUAAAGGGGUUUCGGUAUUUUUUGGUUGUCGGUUUUUAUGCUAGUCAGUGUAUAAAGCAAAUGGAUAACCCGAGGCGAGGCGUCGAAACCAGCACAACCAUUGGACACGCGUACCUACAACCUUCUCCGUUCGCCUCUAAAUCAUGCAAGAAUGCCCCUCUUCCUCCAGUCCUCCAGCAUCAGAACAAAGCUCCUGCCUCGGCUCACUUCUCUCUCACCUCGCACGCCGAGCAUGACCGAAGGCCACUGAACGGACCUCUGUGCAGUGAAAUCCACUCCAAAGCCCCUGCCCACUGGACCGCACACUUUCUCAACGAUCUGGCCCAGAGGCUCAGAGACCGGCCAACAGUGAGAGUGGUCUCUAAUCCUAUCAGUGAAAUGCAGGACCGCUACAGAGGUCAGUCAGCAGCACACGAACCCCUGGCUGCACACUUUAGCAUGAUGCAGGCACUGUACAGACAGCUGGAAACGGCUCAAACGGCAUUUGUGCAGGAACCAGUGCGGAGCACGACCAAGACUGACUUCAAGCACUUUAACAGGUCAGAUUUGUCUCCUUGCUCUGUCCUGGAUGCAGCUUCCUUUAAUGGGACCCUUACCAAGAGCAGAGCUCACAGCCGACUUCCUGCUCACAAAGCUCCAUCCACUUUAUCAUGUCAACCCCGGCUGCCGCGCACACCUCUGCCUGUGCCCCGCAGGGGUAAAAGGAGUCUGUAUAUGGACAGUUUUACUGUACCUGCGCCUCCCCCAACAUCGCAAAGCGCUGGUGUUGCACAAAGCGGGCCGAAAUGGCAAGAAGAUGUUGAUAGAGGCGUGUUACUGGACAUUUCAGGCAUUCCAAAAAUGUAUAGAACCGAGAAUCAGACAUAUGGAGGAAACAAGUUGUCUUUGGUAUAAGAAAAUAGACAAACUAGGGUGGAUGGUUUGAUUUUCAGUUUUGCUUUAAUUGAUCUAAACUUCAAAAAAUGGUUUAAUCAAUAUUGCUUAAUUCCCAUGCUUUUCUUUUGUCACUCAGAGGGUCGGUAAUAAAUGGAGAACAAAAACAUGUUAGAAGUGAUUGGUGGAAACAUUAUUGAUUUAUUGAUCUGGAGCGUGUGCCUGUAUGUAUUCUUUAUGCUUAAAGGGAUAGUUCAUUCAAAAAUGAAAAUGCUUUGAUUAUCUUGUGCGAGUUGAAAUGAGUGCUGCGUUUUAUGGAACACAACAGGAGAUAUUUUGAUGAUCGUUCAGCUUUAUUUGUCCAUAUACUGAAAUCGUUGACCUAUGAAAAUAGUAUUUUAUGUUCCGCAGAAGAAAAAAAAUGUCAUAAAGAUUUGGAACGACAUGAAGGUGAGUAAAUCUUUCCCGGUGUGCUGUAAUUGACUAUUUAUAUAUAUGAAAUGAUUUAGUGCAUUUUAUCUAAAAUGUGUGCUUCUGAAGAUUACAGGACGUGUGCUUAAAAUCCCAGGGGAAAAAGCUGCAAGUAAGGAGGGAAGACCAGGAAGAGACAGAAAUAUUGCUGAGGAGGCAGUUGGCUGCACACCUAGACAACCCAAGAGGGUUGCACAGUAGUGCGUGCUUAAACACUACCUUUCUCAGCUUGUGAUCUCACAAAGAGAGCCUAAAACAAAACAGAGGGGGUGGGGUUGUGGGUAAAAUAUAGAGAAUUAAUAAGAAUAUUGCACUAUAGUCUGAGUUGUGUCCCACCCAGUUUCCUCCACCUACUUGCUCUUGCGACAUUUCGCUCUCCUCCCCCAGCUCUGCCUCCGGCAACAUGCCAAGGAGAGAGAGCAAGCAAGACUGAUUUAAGGCCAUAUAUGGAAGCUAGAUGAAUAAAAAUUAAGGAACAGGUGAAGGCAAAGAUUACGAAACAGAGAAGACUGGAGAACUAUUAAAAGCGAGUAAAAUAGUGAUGGGAUAGUUAAAAGAUCAGAAAGAAUAAUUAUUAUUGACCAUGUCUUGACAUCUAUGACCUCUAGUUGUCCUCAGGCUUUCUCAUUGUAGAUUGUGGGUGUAAUUUGAUUUAAAUAUCGCACAAUUUUUUAUGCAGACUAAAUG